AUGUUGCGCCGCGGCGUGCGUGCGUUGGAAAAGUUGGUGAUUGUCGAGUCGCCCAACAAGGUCAUAAAGGUGGAGGGGCUGCUGAGCGACCCAAAGGUAAUACCGGACUGGUCGUUCAGCAACAGCAAGCUCCGUGCCAUCAGCACUGGCGCGGAGAAGGCGAUUGCUAUGGCUACAACAGGGCACUUCAUGUCUCUGAAGGAGCUGACGUGGUCUCCGCAGCCGUCCAGCCCCGCUUCGGGUGUCACAGCAGCGGACUUCCCUGCCAACGGCCUUGUCGUCAGCUUCUCGCUUGAAUGGGAGCUGAUCCCUGGGCGGCGCAUCCAGGACACGGUAUCGCACUACAUCGAGGAGAAGGCGGAUAACCUGACGGAGAUCAUCGUCGCGACCGAUCCCGAUCGUGAAGGAGAGCUGAUCGCGGUGCACGCGCAGAAUCUGAUUCGACGCAUGUUUCCACAGCUCAACGUCCCUUUCACGCGAGCGUACAUGCACAGCAUCACCGCCGAGGGAAUCCGCCGCGCCAUGGAAGAGCGGCGCGAGGCGUUUGACUACAACCUCGCCAACGCUGCAGAGGCGCGGCACGCAAUGGACCGCAUCUUCGGCUUUCUUGGAAGCUCGGUGGUACGCUACGCCAACCCGCAGAUGCGCUCCAUCGGGCGAGUGCAAACACCAGCGCUCAUCCUGAUCAACGACCGGGAGGACAAGAUUAAGUCGUACCUCGACUCUCACGCCUCCACGUUCGAGAUUCAGGCAGUGUGCUAUUUCACCUCGAAGCACAACCGGCGCUUCUCCCAGAUGGUGAAAGUGACGCCGGGGCGCAAGGGCGGCGCCGCGCCGGUGAACUGGAGCGACAAGGCAACUGUCGAGCAGCGUUGCGAGCAGUGGGCGCUGAGCUCGGCCACCCACUUUAGCGUCUCACCCGGCGCGAAGCCGCAGGAGACCGUGACACCCCCACCGAAGCCGUUUACCAUGGCCACGCUCAUCGCCAGGGCGAACCGGCAGCUGCACUACUCCAGCGAUAUGGUCAGCUCGUGCCUACAGGACUUGUUUCAGAUGGGCUACAUCACCUACCCGCGCACGGACAGCACCCGCAUCGACGAGUCGAUUCUUCCCUCCAUAUACGCGGCCGUGCGCAGGGAACACGGCAAACGACUUCUGCAGGAGCAGGAUGGUCCGUCCAAGCCAGGCUCGCGUCGCUCCACUGCACAGAAGGAAGCGGCGGACGCCAACGUUGAGGACGCGCAUGAAGCGAUCCGGCCCACCAGCAUUGACACUACCGUCGAGGAGCUCGGUGCUGUAUCCACCCCGAUGAAGCACAUUUACGACCUGGUGCGCCGCAACACAAUGGCAGUUCACAUGAUCCCGAUGAAGACGGAGCGGAUUGUGGUGCUGGUGAUGUGCAGGGCUGCCAACGGCGAGGAGGUGGAGUUUGAGCUGCAGGGCAAGCACGUCGUGGAGCCGGGCUGGUCAGCUGCCUUCCGCGGUAGCAAAGGCACAGUGACACCAGUGACAGAGACGGAUCAGGAUGUGGAAGCAGUGGAAGACGGCGGGGUCGUUGUGCCGAGCAUCUCCGACGACGAGUUCAAGGCGAUCAUGGACGUUGCUGCCCACCGCGGAGGCGGAACAGGAGUCAAGAAAGGCAGCAUGCAGCUGGAGUCAGCGCAAGUCGCGGAGAACCGACCGAGCCCACCGCUGCCGUUCUCGGAGGGGGGUUUGAUUGAACAGCUCAAGAACAACGGCGUGGGGCGGCCGAGCACGUACCCGAUGAUCGUCAAGACGCUACUCGCACGCAACUACAUUACGGUCAACAAGGGACGGUGCGAGACCACCCCGGUAGGGCGCAUGCUGGUGGACACCUCCCGAGCCACGUUCCCCUCCAUCGUCGACAUCGGCUUCACCUCCGCGUUUGAGAAGAAGCUUGACCGCAUCGCAAAGCCGGGUAGUGCGAAAGAGUGGGCGCUGCCGCCGAACGUGUCGGACGCGGACUACGUGCUCUCAUCCUUCAUCUCCAACUUCUUGAACUACGUGACGGAAGCGACCAAGGCACACCGAGUCGCCAUCGCAACGCGCUCCUUGACCUUGCAGCAGGAGAAGAGAGCGGCGAGCGCCAUGCCGAUGUCGCCGACAGACUUCCAGGCGAACCUGGAGAAGGAGGCGAAGCGAGUGGUGACGCAGGUGCCGGACCUGGUGGAUAACAUGAAGAGCUACCGCACUUUCACGGCCCUCCAGAACAGUCUGAACGACUACCUACGGCGCAACUUCCCGCCCUCGGCGGCAGCGAUGAUGCCUGCUUCAUCCUCGGGAACCGCUCGCAGCUACGGCAGGAGCAGCAGCAGUUCCACAAAGAAAAAGGGGUCAUACGGAGCGACCUACAAGGCUGACAAGAAGACACCGCGUCGCUUCCGUACAAAGCUGAAGAAGCCAAAGAAGUAG